AUAAAUGUAAGGAUAAAAAGAAAAAAGAAACUGUGAGAAAAGAAAAGAAAAGAAAAGAAAAAGGCUGGGCAAUCAAGUAUUUUGGUUGUUGGAGAAAUUUAAAAACUUUCCCUUAGACCCACAGAUCCAAAAGUUUGUAUCUUUGGAUUCUUUCUUUGUUUCCAGACCUAAUGUUCGUUUGUUUUUGGUUUUCCAAUGGAAGGGCUAAAGUAAAGUUUGAGUUAAUUUUUGACUAGCAGGCUGGCUGUAUUCCAAGCUGACGACUGCAAAUUUUAUGGCCACCAGUUGUUUCUUCUUGUUUUCUUUUCCUUUCUUUUGAAUCUCAGUAAACUUCAAAGGGAGAGGUAUCAAUACAGUUACAGACACAGUGAUGAUGAUGAUGGCUGUGAGAAAAAGAGCCCACGACAGUUUGCUUUGAUUGCUUAAUUCAUAAGUCAUAAUAACCAAAUAAAGAAUCCAAACCUCCAGUCCAGGUGCUUUCAAAUAAGACUUCCUACGUGCCAUUCCCACGUGGCAACUUCCACCAUUUCCCACUCCCUCUCUAGACACCUGUGACUUACCCCUGCUGAUUCACUUUACUCAUCUCUACCCUCUUUUUCCUUCAAACCUUUUUUAAAUUCCACCUCUAACAGUUCCGAUCCCUCGUCCCUCUCUUUAUAUUGUAAUACCCCUCUCAAACAGUAAAGAAAGAGAAAGAGAGAGGUGUAAACGACGACGUAUACGUUUCAAGAAAUGGGUCUCAGAAUUGUUUACGGUGUGGUUUUCCUUUCUUUCUCCUGUGCUUGCGUCAAGCUUCUCCAUCUCUUCCUUCACCCUAUUUUCUACUUCACUUCUUAAUUCUAAACUCUCACUCAUUUUCCAUCAAAAUGGUUUCAGGCAGCGUGGUUCUCAUUGCUCGUCAAGUUCAUAAACGCCUCGUUUCUGAUUUUAUGAAGAAGAUUGAAUGUGAAUUAAUGGGAAGGAGAUUAUCAUUAUCAUCGUCAUCAUGCCAAGAAAAGAAAAGGGUUCGAUUUGCAGAAAAUGUGAUAGAGCCGUCAGGAAACAACAAAGAAUAUCGGAACAAGAACUUGGUGAGGAUAUCGGAAGGUGACAAUGUGUUGAAGAUUAUGGAAGAUGUGAAAAUAAACCAGAGGAAUUAUGGUCAUGGUGCAAAAUUGAUGGAAGCCAUGCCUUUAAAUAGGCAAGUUUUGUAUAAAGGGAUACUCGAGUACAGAACCCUUAAAGGGUGUAACGACUUUUCAUCAGCUUGAUAAUUUUGUUCAUCCCUUUUUGUGGUUUUGUGUGUUGGGAAUAAUGGAAUGGUAUUCCAUUUGUAAAUUUGAUUUAUUUUUCUUUUAUGUUCAUGUUUGGCAGAUUAAGUUUUUCUUCUUUUGAACUGAAUGGAGUGUCCAAGGCUGUGAAUAUGAAUUCCAUGGAUUCUCAUUCUGUUUCAGAAAAACCUGAAGUAGAAAUUUAUGGAAUCUAGUGGGUUUUGGCUUGAUAAUUCAAUGCCUUAAUUGACCAAAUGUUGGUCAUUGUAUAUAAUAAAUAUAUGAAAAUUUUCGAUGAAGUUUAGUGCA